AUUUGACCGUUUCAUAAAACUGGAAAAUCGAAUAUGACUACCGACCUUACAUAUUGCAAGUCAAGCAUAUACUAUUUGAUUAAUACAAAUUGAUGUCAGGUUAGCAGUCAAACCAAUCUUAUUUUUUGAUUAAGUAGGAAAAGAGAGGGAAGCAUGCACCCUAGAGGAGACCAAGACUUGGACACACUUGUUCCAUUAAUUAUUUUGUAUGUACAACUGGAUAGUAAACCUAUUAACCAUUAAGACUAUAAUUCUUGAGCCAUGCAUAGUAUAUAUAUAUAACAAUCAAGACAAUGGUAUAUUUUUAGAAUAUAGUACAGUAUGUAUUAUUUAGUAUGAUUUUUUGACCCAAUCAAAUAACUAUUUUUAUAAUCUUUUAAAAUUGCUCCACUAAUUGUUACGUAAACUUGAUGAUGAGAAAAAAUCUUAUUAAUCAUCAUUGUGCAGAUAUUGACAAAAAAAAUAUAAUUCUUGAGCCAUGGAUAUAUAAAACAAUUAGACAAUGCACUUAUAUAUAUCAUUAGAACAUCGUCACACUUCGUAUCUCACUAAAAUUAUUAACAUAUAUUCUAAUAAAAUAUUAAUAAUUUUUUGAGCAACAUAAAAUAUAAAAAUGUUUAAUCUAUGAAAUGAUGUUAAAGGUUAUUUCAAAAUUUGAGAUAUUUCUUCAUAACUAAAUGAAAUAUUCUCAGAGAUAUGAGAUAACUUUGAAGAAGUAUCUUAAGUCUUGAAAUACCAAAAAUGUAUAUAUUAGAAUUUUAUUUUAAUCUUGGCAAAACUAUAGUGAGAUACACUGGGAACUAUUUAAUCUGAUUAUUGACCUAAUCAAGCAACGAUUUUCCUAAAUUAAAAAAAAUUGACAAAGAAGCUUGUACCAAUUGUCAACUAGAACAAAUAAAACAAGUAAGGAACGAUAUGAAAGUCGAAAUUCAAACUAUCCUAUUCCGUUGGUGCAUGACAAUGACCCAUUGGAAAAAAUCCACACACUUAUUUAUACUUCCUCAAAUUUGUUUAUCCGGAGAAACCCAAAAAUUUACUAGCAACAUCCCAUCAAACGUUCAAAAGCGAACUCUCAAGCUAAUCAUCUCUGAUCAUUCACAAUACCGGUCGUGAAGAAGACAAUAACAUGAAGCAAAAGAUCCUGAUAAGAAUCUCUAUGACUGAUGAUAAAACACGAGCAAAAGCAAUGAAAACUGCGGUUCAAUUUCAAGGCGUGUUAGGUGCGGAAAUAAAGGGAGACCACAGGAACCAGAUUGAGGUGACCGGUGUUGAAGUCGACAUGAUCUGUCUAACCAACACACUGAGGAAGAAAGUAGCCUUUGCAGAGCUUGUAAGCGUAAACAAAGUCGAACCACCAAAGAAACCCGAGGAGAAAAAGCCAGAGCCAUGUUAUCAACCAUGGCACUAUGUAUAUGGUGUGCCAUCUUCCUAUCCACACCCGUGUGAUCCCUACGGGUACAACGGAAAGGGCUACACCGAGGAACCCGUCUACAAUCACGAACCCAAUUGCAGGAUCAUGUGAAAAGACUUAUGGAAAAGAUUAACACAGUUUUUUCUAUACAUUAAGAUUCGUCGCAUGAAUAAAAAAAGCAUUGAGCUCCAAAACCACGCAAUAGCUAUAUACUUGUACAUGCUCUCACAACAUGAAAAGCUAAAUCUUCU